CGGCGACCAAACCCUAGUGCCCGAUCGCCAUGGCGGAGCAAGGCGUUCUCCGGCGGUGGAAGCGCUUCUUCCCGGCGUUCGCCUCCAUCCACGCCGCCAUCGAGGCCGCCGAGCCGGGCAUCUCCCGCAGGGAGUUCCGCGACGCGACAGACAAGGUGGUGGCGAUGCUCUGCAACGCGACGGACGACGAGGCGGUGGCGGAGGAGCUCCGCGUCGUGCUCGACGGGAUGAUGGUCGAGGCGCUCCUCACGCUGGAGCUGGUUCCGGCGAUGCCCAAGAUGCUGGCCUCCACCGACCUCGCGCAGGACGUCGGCGCGCUGAGGAAUCACCCGUCGGAGCGAGUCCGCAGCCUCGCCAUCGGCAUCGUCCGCGGGUGGAGGGCCUCCGUCAAGGACGAGCUCCUCAAGGCCGCAGCCGCCAUGGAGAAGCUCUCCCAGGCGAUGGAGCCCGACGAGGCCGACGACCAUCACGCCAAGAUCCUUCAGCCAUCGCCGCCCAAGAAGACGGCAAACACCUCACGGUCACAGCCGCCUUUCCCCAAGAAGCAGAGUGCUCGUCCGGUGGUCGGCGGCAGCCGUGUCACCACGAUGGCCAAGAUCGAUCCGCCACCGGAGAAGGCGCCGGCGGCGGCUGCGGCUCGAAGCUCCCACCACCGCGAGAGCGUCGUGCCGUGCUGUACCGACGAGAAGGCCAUGAACGCCGCGAAGAGGAAGCUCCGGGAAGGGUACCAAGAAGCAGAGGAGGCGAAGCGGCGGCGCACGAUCCAGGUGAUCCAGGCGCCGGACAGGCAGCGGAAGAUGCAGGCGAUCACGCGGCCGCGAAGCCGACCGAGCUUCGUCGCCGCCGCCUCCACGGCGAAGAAGAGCUCUGGAUUCUCAUCGCUUCGGAGGUUUUAGCUAGGGUUCUUGUUCUCCUCCGGUGUAACAGUGAUGUGUCCAUGAUCAACUGAUCAUCCCCAAAGUGUAUUGCGUCAAAAAAAAAACAAAGAAAAUCCCCAAAGUGUAUGUAUGUAAUUGGUUAUCGAGUUUAUCCUGCUCGUCCUGGAUUACUCGCGUGUUUAAUCUAUCAAAUCAAUGAUAUAUUUUUGUGAAAAUUGAGCAAAUUUCUUUAUGUGAUUGUAGUAUGUGUCAAUCUGAUCGCGAUCGGCUUGAGGGGCGAGAGCACUGUUUCUGCUCGGAGUGAAGCUUCGGCUUGUUUGUCCCGAAUACCAGGCUUCUACAUGGGCCUGAGGCUUAGUAGUCGUGGGCUGGAAGCCCGUUAUAAGCAUGGGCCAGCGACGCCCGUGACAAAUGGGAAUAUCUGGGCCGGCCCAUCAAGCCAGCUUUGGUCUCCGUCUCUUCCGGGCCCAUCACGGAAGAGUCUUCUCGAAAUCGCAGCCGUUCGACCACGAUUUGACGGUCGCGAUAGAUCGCCGCCGUCGAAACGUAGCAGCGCUAGCCUUUGCGCACAAAUGUCGCAACGAAACUACGAAAGCAACAUGUAUAAAAUGGAAAUGAAGCCCCG